ACAUAGAAUUUCUGAAUCUGAACCUGAGGUCGUUUACUCUUUAAUUAUUUUCGUUUUAACUUAAUAGUUUGUGUAAGGUUCAGUUACUUUAUUGCCGAGCGCUGAAGUAAAUUUUUAAUUGAAUUCAUAUACCUAAGACAAAGUAUAAUUUGUCGGUUUCACUGAAAAAUGAGGAUGAUCGGCCGCCCAAAUCAAAUUUUGUCAGUCUCUAAGAGCAUCAAUUGUUUAUUGAAAAAUCCUGCAAUCACCCAAAUCUGUCUUAGAAAUGAAUCUACCAAAAUCCAACCUGCAUCUCAAGACACAAAUGUAGAAGAAAAACCAUAUCGUCCAUAUUCUCCGUUUCAAAAGACAAACAAUAUGGCUGAAUAUGCUGUUGCUCGUUUGGAUGAUGUUUUGAACUGGGGUCGUAAGCACUCCCUCUGGCCUUUGACUUUUGGAUUAGCAUGUUGUGCCGUUGAAAUGAUGCACAUAGCUGCUCCUCGAUAUGAUAUGGAUCGAUAUGGUGUUGUAUUUCGUGCAUCUCCUCGUCAGGCUGAUCUUAUUAUAGUUGCAGGAACACUGACAAAUAAAAUGGCACCAGCAUUGAGAAGGGUUUACGAUCAAAUGCCUGAUCCAAAAUGGGUUAUUUCUAUGGGAAGCUGUGCAAAUGGAGGUGGUUACUAUCAUUAUUCAUAUUCAGUUGUGAGGGGUUGUGAUAGGGUUAUUCCGGUUGACAUUUAUGUACCAGGUUGUCCUCCAACUGCUGAAGCUUUGAUGUAUGGUAUCCUACAGUUGCAGAAAAAAAUAAAAAGAAUGUCACUUGCCCAGAGUUGGUAUAGAAAGUAAUUUAUCAUGUAACAUUAACCUUUAUAUCAAUGGUUUUGUGUAUUACAUCUUUUACCGUUUGUAAAAAUAUCUACCUGUGAAACACUUAAUUGUGUUAAACAAUAUAGAUAAUAGUUUAGUAUUGCAAAAUAUAUCACAAAUUUGAAUUGUACAUUUUUGUGUUAUGAUUUUCUUAAAUUGUUGUUGUAAAAAAUAAACGGUACCAUUUUAUUAAUAUUAUA